AACACCCUCAUUAACUGACACUUGUUCUCAGCGAUUCCACCGCCAGAAAGCAAACCCCUCGAGUCGCUCCCUGCCCUGCCCAAGAACCAAAGCAUUUUCACCGUAACACCCAACAAGAAGACCAGAGAAGAGAAAUAUUUAUGGACAGGAGAAUGUUUCUGGGCGUCCGAAAGAAAAGACCCAUUAAGCGUAUUAAGAAGAAGCUGCUCAACAAAUUGUUAGACUAUCUCACGUCUGAUUCUUACAUGUUUGCUCCUUUAAUUUCUCGUCCACCUUCUGCAUCUACCUCAUCAAGCAAGAAAAAAGCGUCUGUUAGAGGGGUGGAAGUAAAGAAACCCGUUAGAGAAAAGAAGAAGUUGCUUAAGAAUGUUAGUGACUAUCUGAAGUCAAAUUCUUACAUGUAUGCGCCCUUGCUUGCUCCUCCUCAGUCACUUAUUAGCUCUCGUAAAGGGUCUUCACUACACCUUGAGAGGGUCACCACCUUCGAAGUUUCAAAGAGGAAAGUAAUUUUGAAAGGCUACAAACCAAAUGAAAAGUUGGCAGAUGGGAUAUUAAAGGAUCAAGCUUGCGAGGGCUCUCUUCCUGAAGAAAUCAUCAAGCAGCAAUCCUCGGUGCAGAAAGAAACAGUGAAGCAAAAGGAAACCUUCAUGGUUCACAAUAGCUGUCGCUCAUCAUCUAUGCCAGGUCGCAUUCUCUAGCAUUUUUUAUGCUUAGUUGGAUGGGGAAAGAAAUGCUUGGCUCCCAGAUAACGAAGCUUAUUGACUGAAAAAAAGAGUAGCCGUUUGGUAGUUCAGUAAAUGUAAUGUAGAGACAACAUUGUUGUACUUUAAAGUGCUUCUAUUGUGGUUCGAGUUCUGUGUAUGUUGGAGCAAGAAUGGACUGUAUAGAUAGCACUUAUACUAAGAUUUUUUUUGGUGGUUAAAUAGACAUUACCUAGUUUUCUAGUGUA